AUAAUCAAAGUUCACAUGAAUAUGGAGAUUCACGUUCUCUUAAUAGUUAUUCUUGCCACCAGUCUCAUGCAUGGUGUUAGCUCGUCCGUUUUCACGAUAAGAAACAAUUGUCCUUACGACAUCGCACCAGGAACUUUGACAAGCUCAGGGGCAUCUAUAACAACAGGGUUUGAACUUGCACCACAAGCUUCAAGCACUAUUGAUGUUCCAACACCAUGGUCCGGACGAGUCUGGGGUCGGUUCCAAUGUUCAAAUGAUGGUGGGAGGUUUAGUUGUCAAAGUGGAGAUUGUGGUUCUGGUCAAGUAGAAUGCAAUGGUGCUGGUGCAGCCCCACCAGCAACUCUUGCUGAGUUUACAUUAGCAGAUGCAAGUGGAACAGACUACUAUGAUGUUAGCCUUGUUGAUGGGUUUAAUUUACCUAUUUCGAUUGUUCCACAAGGUGGUUGUCCUGUCACCGAUUGUCCAGUUGACAUUAAUGCUCAAUGCCCAUCUGAGCUAGCUGUGCAAGAUGGAACUGGUGGAACCAUCGGAUGUAGAAGUGCGUGUGUUGCAUUUAACAGGCCAGAAUAUUGUUGCACCGGAGAUUAUAGUACACCAGAAACAUGCCCGCCAACAGAUUAUUCAAGGUUUUUCAAGGGUCUUUGCCCCAGGGCAUAUUCUUAUGCGUAUGACGACGCAUCAAGUACUUUUACAUGUAAUACCGGCGCGAAUUAUGACAUAACAUUCUGCCCGUGAUACCUAUCUCAUCAUAUAGUUGCAAAGUGAUGAGGAUGAUACGAUACCUAUCUCAUCAUAUAGUUGCAAAGUGAUGAAUAAUAAUAAAUAAUCAUUUGAAUA